GGUCUACCGCAGACCGCCGUCCGAGAAUUCCCAGUCGAACGUAAAGCGAUAUCAUCGCUUCAGAUACGUAUAUAAUUCGCGUCUCGUUCGCGUCUCGUUACGCACGAUCCACCCUUCGUGCCACCGCCAUGUUGAGAACACGUCCGAUUGUCAUUCUGUCAAAGACCCCUGUCCCGGGUACACCUCAUUCCGCGAGGGCGUUUAGUUCCUCUGCACCCAGGAACAAGCAGCGUCUUGUUGUUCUUGGGUCAGGAUGGGGAGGCUACCAGGUGUUGAGAGGCGUAGACAAGAAGAAGUGGAAUGUUACCGCGGUUUCUCCGACCAAUGCGUUCAACUUCACCCCCUUGCUCGCGAGCUGCGCGGUGGGAACCCUCGAGUUCCGUUGUGCUGUUGAAUCAGUGAGACGUUUCUCUCCACAAGUGACGGCAUACCAGGCGUGGUGUGACAAGAUCGAUUUCAAGCAGAAGACGCUCGAAUGUAUGCCUGCGACGCCGCCACUAGAAUUUGAGAAGCGCUCAGCCCCUCGUGUGACGGGCUCUCCCACUGAGACAAGCUUUCCGGGAACUGGGACGCCUUUCAGGCUCAGGUACGACAAACUUGUGAUAGCCGUCGGCGCCUACUCCCAAACUUUUAAUGUGCCGGGUGUAAAAGAGCAUGCACACUUCCUGAAAGAUGUCAAAGAUGCUCGCGCGAUCCGCACACGCAUCCUAGAAUGCUUCGAGCAGGCGAACCAGCCUACUGUUUCCGAUAUCCAGCGCAGGAAUCUGCUCAACUUCUGCGUUGUCGGUGGUGGUCCCACUGGUGUGGAGUUCGCAGCCGAGCUGCAUGAUUUGUUGCAUGAAGAGAUGGAACGAUACUACCCUAGCCUUGCCCGACUUGCCAAGAUCACCGUCUACGACGUCGCCCCUAGCAUCUUGGGUAGUUUCGACAAAUCGCUAGGAUCCUACGCGGAAAGAAAGUUCCGCAGAGAUGGCAUCGCGAUAAAAACGCGGCACCACGUGGAGCGCGUUGAAAAGGCCAAGAUGUUUGUGAAAGAGCAGGGCGAAGUCCCUUUCGGCUUGCUCGUUUGGAGCACGGGGCUAGCCCCUAAUCCCCUCGUUCAAUCUAUUUCAGCGAUGCAGAAGCACGAGAAAACGCAGAGCCUCCUCACGGACAACCAGCUCAACGUUCUAACUGCAGAUGGUCAGCCAGACCCUGACGUGUGGGCGAUCGGCGACGCCGCCAUUAUCAAGGACGCUGUGCUUCCGGCCACCGCGCAAGUUGCCAACCAGAAAGCGAAGUAUAUGGUCAAGAAGCUGAACAAGAUCGUGAAGGACAAGGAGCAUGAGGCGCCGUUCGAGUUCCACAACCAAGGCAGCCUGGCUUACCUCGGCGAUUGGAAAGCGAUAUACGAUGCCUCGAACGCGGAGUCUGGUAUUCGAGGAAAGGAGACUGGCCACUUGGCGUGGCUGCUGUGGCGAUCGGCGUACUUCACGAUGACUCUUAGUGUCCGAAACAAGAUCUUGGUCCCGACCUAUUGGUUCCUUAACUGGAUCUUUGGACGAGACAUUUCCCGAUUCUAAAGAAGCAGAAUUAGUUCCCCAAUCUCCAUAUUCAUAUAGCAUGUGAGCCUUCAAC